AUGCAUGCCAACGUGUAUGCCACCGGCUCAUUCGCAUCGUUCGUUCGUCAUCGUUGGUUCGUCAUCGUUGGCUCGUUCGUCAUCGUUGGCUCGUUCAUCAUCGUCGGCUCGUUCAUCAUCGUCGGCUCGUUCGUCAUCGUUGGCUCGUUCAUCAUCGUCGGCUCGUUCAUCAUCGUCGGCUCGUUCAUCAUCGUCGGCUCGUUCAUCCUCGUCGGCUUGUUCGUCAUCGUUGGCUCGUUCAUCAUCGUCGGCUCGUUCAUCAUCGUCGGCUCGUUCGUCAUCGUUGGCUCGUUCGUCAUCGUUGGCUCGUUCAUCAUCGUUGGCUCGUUCAUCAUCGUCGGCUCGUUCGUCAUCGUUGGCUCGUUCGUCAUCGUUGGCUCGUUCGUCAUCGUCGGCUCGUUCGUCAUCGUUGGCUCGUUCGUCAUCGUUGGCUCGUUCAUCAUCGUCGGCUCGUUCGUCAUCGUUGGCUCGUUCGUCAUCGUUGGCUCGUUCAUCAUCGUCGGCUCGUUCGUCAUCGUUGGCUCGUUCGUCAUCGUUGGCUCGUUCAUCAUCGUCGGCUCGUUCGUCAUCGUUGGCUCGUUCAUCAUCGUCGGCUCGUUCGUCAUCAUCGGCUCGUUCAUCAUUAUCGUCUCAUUCGUCAUCAUCGGCUCAUUCGGCCUCGUCUCGUCGCUCCUGACACAGUACCUCGGGGCGUAUGUGGAGGGUAUCGACGCGAACCAGCUGGACAUCUCGGUAUGGGGUGGCGACGUAGUGCUGGAAAACCUCAAUGUCAAGCCCGAGGCUCUGGACGGGCUCGGCCUUCCGCUGGCGCUUACCGGUGGCGUGGUGGGCAAGCUUGUCAUCAAGGCAGACUGGAAGCAUCUCAAGUCCAAGCCGGUCACCGCAGAGCUGCAUAAUGUGUUUGUCCUGGCUGGCCCCGCCGGUGCCGUGCCCUACGACCAGGAGGCCGAGGAGGCCAAGGCUCAGGCCGACAAGCAAUCGGCGCUGGCCGCGCUGGAGAUGGCCAAGGAGUCCAAGGCCAAGGCGCGGGCAGAGAUGGCCAAGGAGGCCAAGAAGCGGGCCAAAAAAGCCAAGAAGAAGGCCAAGAAGAAGGACAAGGCCGCGGGCAAGGAUCCCGCCCCGCCCGGCCUUGACGACGACGACGAGCCCGUCGAGGACUCUUUCGCCGCCCGUCUCGCCGCCAAGAUCAUCGACAAUCUGCAGGUGGUGGUCAAGGGCAUCCACAUCCGCUACCAGGACAAAAUCGCAAACUUUGCCGAGAACGCCCCAGUCCUCAUCGCCGUCACCGGUGUCGAGCAUGCCGCCGCUUCAGCUGCGCUCGCUGCCAACCCGGCGUGCGCUACCCACUACGGCUUUGGUAUCACCCUUCAGGGACUCACCCUCUGCUCGACCGACGACUCAUGGCGGCCGACGUUUCUCACCGAGUCCAAGCCGCUCGUACACAAGCUCGCCGAGCUCUCGAAUCUCGCUGUGUAUUGGGACCCAAACGUGGCGCCGAUCGUCGACGCCUCACCAGCCGGCCUUGCCGCUGCCCUCACCCCGGGCAUCCCGACUGACACCGCUCCGCCCUCGCUCCAUCACUACGUUCUUGACCCGAUCCACCUCAACGCCAAGGUGGUGAUGAACAAGCGCGACAAGCCUGACAUGCUCAAUCCCAAGUUCACCAUCCAGGUUGCUCUCGACGCCAUCGGCGUCGAGCUCGAGCAGAGUCAGUACGUCCAGGUCAUGGACGUGCUCGGCAAGUUCACCAUGUUCUCGCGCUCGUACCCAUUCCGCAAGUUCCGCCCGGCCCGGCGGCCCGCCGACGACCCGGCCGCCUGGUGGCGCUACGCUGCCAACGCCGUCCUGGUCGACAUCAAGCGCCGCAACGCAGAGUGGUCGCCCGCACACUUUGCACAGCGCAAGCGCGACAAAGACGACUACAUCCGGGUCUACACCCAGAAGAAGCUCUCCAAGAAGGGUAAGCUUCCUCCAGUUCUCGAAAAGGAGCUCGAGAUCCUCGAGCUCCGCCUCGAUUUUGACUCGAUCCGCUUCUUCCGCAUGCUCACUGAGCUCCGCCUCAAGCAGGCCGAGUUUGCCAAAAAGGCCAAAAAGGCCAAGAAGAAGAAGGAAAAGGGCGAGAGCGGCGGCGGCGGCAUGUUCUCGUGGUUCAAGGGCAAGGGCAAGGACAAGGAGAAGGAAAAGGAGCUCGCCGCACUCCAUCCCGACGUUGUCGAGGCUACAGCCUCCGAGGCAGACGACCCGAUUGAUCUCGAGCCAGAUGCCACUGCAAACGUCUGGUCCGCCUUCUCGCCCGACGAGCAGUCGGCCAUCUACGACUUGCUCGAGCCCGAGUUUGACGACGCCGGGCCCGUCGGCCCGCCGCCACCCGACUACGUCAAGAUCCGCAUCAACUUUACCUCGACGCCGCACCUCGACGGCCUCGCCCUCGAGCUCUGUCAGCGGCCGGACUCGAUGUGGACAUCGACUUCACUCGCCUCGCUCCACGCCCGCGACUAUAUUACUCCCGACUCGGCCUUCCCCUAUCUCAUCCAGCCCAAGACCGCGGCCCGCGACUCGCUCUUCCAGGGCGUCGACAUCCGCAUCCCGGACGGACUUGUGCCGAACAAGCUCGUCGCCUGUGAGUUUGAGCUUGCGCCGCUCGACUCGCCGGCUGACAUCCGCGUUGGCCUCCGCGCCGCGCCGCUCUCUAUCGUCUCACCCUCGCCGAUCCUCCUGCAGCGCCUCCUCGCAUUUGCUGCCGCCGCACAGUCCGAGACCGGCCUCGAGACCGUGGCCACCGCAUACCAGGCCCAGGUCGACGCACUCGUCGUCACCACAGCAGGCGCGUCGCUCGACUAUGCCCUUGAGCAGCACUCGAUCAUGGAUGUCUCGGUCGACGUCGCCGCCCCGCACAUUCUCUACCCGAGGAGCCAUGCGCUCGCCGAUCAGGACGACAACUUGGUCCUCUGCGUCGACCUUGGCUCUGUCACGGUCUUGUCGGAUCUGGAGCACGCCGGCUCGGCCGCCCGCGAGCACCUCUACGACCGCUACAACGUCAAGCUCUCGGACGUCCAGGUCCUCGUCGCCGAUCGAUCGGCACCAUGGGCCCUUGCCGAGCUCGCACCGCCGCCGCCGUCAGCACCGCUUCAGCCGUACCACUUGCUCUCGCCGCUCGAGCUCGAGCUCGCCAUCCAGCUUGCCAUCCUCCCGAAUGACCCCACGUUGGUCAAGACCAAGGUGAUCGGCUCGACCUCGCGCGUUGCUCUCCACGUCUCGACUCAAAAGUCGCUCGCUCUCCUUACCCUCCUCGACUCGGUUGCCCAGCUCACUGAUGCGCUGGGCAGCAGCGAUGGUGACGGCUCCGCUGCUGCUGCUGGGCCAUCAGACCCCGCCCCGGUUGCCUCGAACGGCGACAAGGUUGCCCGUCGUGCCCUCGCCGCUGAUUUUGUCUCGCUCGUCGAGGCUGCUGCUGUCGAACGUGCCCGCAUGGAAGCGGUCACCUCGCUGGAGACUCUUGUCGAGCGUGUUGAGCUCGACCUAGCCUUCUCGGUUGGCGCUGUCACCGUCUCGGUGUCAGACGACCUUGCUCCGCUGCCGCGGUACUUGCAGACGCCGCCGCCGAACCCAGCCGCGCCUCGGCCUGCCUCGGCCUGCGGCUCGGUAUCUGGUGAUGAUGAGGUGCAUCACAGUCCUGCACCUACGCUCGCCUACGACGACACGCCUGUCAUCUCGGCCGCGUCGCCGCCUGUCGCACCAGCCGUCAGCGAAGCACCGGUCAUCAUCGUCGUCUCGCUCGAAGGCAUAUCCGCCACUGUUGUCCAGCGAACGUUUGAUGGCGUGACCUCGCUCACACUCUCCUCGUUCCACGUCGACGAUGAGUGGGUCAAGUCAGCGAGCUACAUGGCGUGCUCGCCGCCUAUCCUGCCGACCGGCCUGGGCGCGCUCGUCGCCGCUCGCCCCGUCUCGGCCAGCACGGGCGAGACGCUCCCCCUGCUUGCGCUCACACACACCGCAGUCGCCAAGAACUCGCCGGAGCUCCUCACCAAGCAUGACGCCACCGAGGCCCGCAUCGACCUCGCACUCGGCCAUGUGGAAGUCAACGUCAACCCGCAGACCAUCCACGCGCUCGCUGUCUUUGCCUCUAAGGCCUUUCCGCCACCUGCAGACGAUGACGCUGACGAGGUUGAGCCUGGCACACCGCGGCCGCGUGCCAGCUCGCGCCGCGGCUCGUCGGUUCUCCGUGCUUCGGUCUCGGCGUCGCGGGCCUCGGUCUCGCGCCGCGCCACCUCGAUUCUGGCCGCCACGCCUGCAGCGUCGGUUGAGGCUCGCGAGGCCCAGCGCAAGUACACCAUGCGUGUGGUCCAGGCCCAAACCCAGGCCGCCCUUCAGCUGGCCGCUGACGCUGGCGAUGCAGCGCCCGACAUCGACAUCACCCAAGUUCUGCAACAGUUCAAGCCGCUUGUCGCCAACGUAUCUCUGGCCGGCGUCUCGAUCUCGCUCAACGAGCCGGGUCUCCCGCUCACACAGGUUGUUCUCGGCUCGACCUCGCUCGCCUUUGUGCAGUACACCACGACACUCUCGGCUGAGAUCGAGGUUGGCCAGCUCACCGUGCUUGAUCUGGUGACGCCCAACACCCGCUACAAGCGCAUUGUCGGUCGCGCGAAGAGCCACACCCAUCACCACCGCCGCCACCAUCGCCAUCGCAAGACAGCAGCCGUCGUGAGCCCAGCUCGUGGUGACACGAUCGGCUCGGGCUCCGACUCGUCGUCGGCCUCGAGCUCUGACUCGUCAAGCUCGGGCUCUUCCUACACCUCGUACACCUCAUCAGACUCUUCCGACUCGACAAGCUCGUCGGGGUCGGCAAAGGCUCAGAAGCUCGAGGUGGCACAGGCCAGCAAGGCGGCGGCCAAGCCGCGGGCAAUGAUCAAGGUCACGUUUGCCACGUACGACAAGUACGAGCCACUCAUCGAGUACCCAGGCCACGACAUGUCGGUCUCGUGUAAGAUUGCCGCCAUCGAGGCCGUUUUUGUCAACCUAUUCGUCACCCGCCUCCUCGACUACAAUUCCAACUAUGUGCCGUUCAUGCUCCAGCCGUUUGCAGGCGGCGACGAAACUCCGGACGAGGUGUUGGCCCUCGAGGCGAGCGCCCCGUCGGUGGCAGCCCCGACGACCUCGGCUAGCCUUGCUAUCGGCCCGGCGCCACCGGCCGGUGCGGUGCUCCCAGCGCCGCCACCAGCGGAAGAGGCCCAGCCCAAGAUCAAGGUCUCGGUCGACAUGGCCCAGCCGCGGCUGGUCCUCCCGCGGGGCGCGUUCCACGACGACGCGCUCCAUGUCUAUCUCGGUAGGCUCUCGGUCUCCAACUCGUUCUCGACCUUUUCCGGCGUCCCGAUGGACAACAUGGUGGUGCACUUGUCGGAGACCCAUGUGACCGCGCUCGCGUCAGACGCCGGCCCGGCAUCGACGCUCGUCGCCGACUUUGGCGUCUCUCUCGACAUUGCCCGGUCGCUGCUUCCGGCUGACACGCGCGUGCCGGAACUGCGGAUUUCCGGCGAGGUAGCGCCCAUUGUGGCACGGGUGGCACAGCGCGACUAUGGCUAUCUCAUGCGGUGUGUGCUCGAAAACCUCGACCAGGUCUCGCCGCCGUCAGCCCAGCUCAAUCCCCGCACCCUCGAGUGGAUCUGGAUCCCACCGGGCAUCGAGACGGUGGUCCACACCGCGCCGCCCCCGGCUGUCCAGACGCCCGACGAGCUUGCCGCUGCCGAAGCCGCUGUGGCCGCUGCUGCUUACAUCACCCUCGACGCUUCGGUGGCCAUCCCGCGGAUCGAGCUCGACCUCGUGGCCGCCGACGGUUCGGGCAUUCUCGCGCUCACCGUUUGCGAUGCUGGCGUGGUGGCGUACACCUCGUCCGACGGCUCCACAAACGCCAAGGCCACCGUCCAGUGCAUCGAGGCUGUCGACGAGCGGCCCGAAGCCGCAGCGGCGCCGUACCGUGCACUCCUCGGCCGCAAGCCGGGUCUUGACAACACGCCCGAGAUCAAGCUCGACUUUGCCGCCACUGCCGGUGGCAAGCAAGUCGUUGACUUGGGCGUCUCGGGCCCGCGAGUCACAGUCAUCUUUCCGCUCAUCGCAGAGCUACUCCUCUUUUCGGCGCUGCCAAAGGACGAGCUCCCGGUCCUCCGCGACACUGUGACCGAGGCUAGCGACGACGCCGAGGCAGCUGCUGACACGGCUGCAAGCGAGCUGGCCGACUCGACACUCACAGUGCUCAAUGUUGGGAACGCGAGCAAGGCGCGGGUGGACCACGGCAUGCAGACCGACGCGGCGCAGGCUAAGACAAGAAUCGAUGCGCGGAUUACAGACCUCUCGCUGGUGCUAAUCGAGAACCCGAACGUGGUCGACUCGCGGGCGUUUGUGGUCCAGACCUCGGUUAUGGCACCUGUUGCGCUCGGUGUGACUCUCCUUGGGCGGCCGUUCCUCUCGGCCCCGAUUCUUGUGGAAAAGCUGCAGGUGACGACGUGUGCGCUCGCCGACGAAGCCGCGACGUCCGCGGUACUCCUGCUCCCGACCACGAUCCGGGCUCACUACGACCAGGCUGAGUCGACCCGCCCGCUGCCGAGCCACAUCGACGAGCACCACCUCCAGCAGCUCAAGCUGAAGGGCAUCGAGUCGUCUGUCGGUCUCCUCCUCUGUGUCGCACACACCAACAUCCUUGCCGAUCUCGAGACUGUUGACCUGAGGGUCGCCUACCAGGACGUUCUUCUUCUCCUGGCCAUUUUCGAGGGUCUCGACGUGGUCAAUGCGGCAUCGGCGGAAGCAGCAUCCAUCGCAGCUGGGCCGCAAGUCGAGUGCACUAGCGCCGCUGUGCGGCUUGACCAAAUCGACCCGAGUGCGCUGGCCAUGAGUUCUGCGCUUGCGCCGUUUGGCGGCGGCGCUCCCGCGUCGGCACUCGACGUUGCCACUGAUGACGAUGACGACGACCUUGCGGUGUUAGAGGACGCAGCCGUCUCUCCUGCAGACUCUGGUGUUGCUGCUGGUGACACCGAUGGUGCCGGUCCGUCAUCUGGCCCUCAGCCCAUCGUCUCCAGCAACGACGAGUCGCUCGCGGCUGCCGCGCCGCCGCCCGAGCUGGCUGGCGACGACUUUGUGGUGGUCUCCAACGACGAGCUCGCCGGCAGCGAGGAAUCGUUGCGGUUCUCAUCGGCAACCAUUCGGGUGACACUCUUUGACGACCGCGACGUCGGGCGCAACUCGCCGCUGGUGGCGCUGGUCGUCUCUACCCUCGACGCCCAUGUGGGAAACUGGUCGGCAGCGCUUCUGGCGCGAGUCCGGCUGGGUUUGGCCGGUCUGGUGUACAACGCCAGCUUGGCCGAGUGGGAGCCGAUGAUCGAGCCGUGGAUGAUGACAGUGCGGGCGUGGACCUCCGAGCCCACGCUCACGGUGUCGGACGUCAUCUCUGCGGCGGAGCUCCCACCAGCGAUGGAAGUUCUUGUCACGUCAGACAACAUACUGGUUGUCAACGCCACGCAGACCCUUGUCUCUACGCUCCUUACUACGGGCUCGCUACUUGAGGCUGAGCUGCGAAGCUCUGCGCAGUUUUAUGAGCUGCGGCGGACUUUUGCACCGUACAAGGUUACCAACGAGACCGGGUGCGAAGUCUCAGUCCUCCUCUCGCCGCACGAUGCGUUGCUUGUCAAGCCGUGGGCAAGCGAGGGCUUUGACUUUCCCGAGGCAGGCAGUGCGACUGACGCAGACGCGCUCUCAGCACAGCUUGUGCCACUCGGCGACGCCAGCGAUGCGUUUGGGGCGCGGCUGCCGCGGCUGGGGCGGACGCCUCACUAUGUGUGCCUCGUCGUUGCCGGCGGAUGGGAGCCGAUCACUCGCGUCCCGGUGGACCGUGUCGGGCGGACGGCAUACACGCUGACGCCGACCAAGAGCGGGAAGCGUGUUGGAAAGUCGGACGGGAGCGACUCGGUGGCUCGAAUUGUGGUCGAUGUUGCGCUUGACAAGACCGGGUGUAAGGUCAUCAUGGUGCGGUCGUGUGUCUGGUUGGUCAACUCGACGCCUGUUCCGCUCUCGCUCCGAUGCGAGGGCGCCUCCGAUGGAGUACCAACCGCGCUUCCGCGGCUGGAGCCCGGGUGCGGGCGUGGGGUGCCAGUCGACCUCGCUUUCGCCUCGCGGGUCCGGCUUCGCCCUUCAGACGCCGACGUCGAGUGGUCGCGACAGACGCUGUUCUGGUUUGGCGCACAUGGCGGAAACGUGAAGCGUCCAUCAGAGACAACAGAGAAGAAGCGCACCCUGUAUGCAGCGUCGGGCCGCACGCUCCUAGUUUACUGUGCUGCUGCUGAUGCGAGCGCGUCUGCUGUAGUGCACGGCGAGCCGUGGCUGACCGUUGACGAUGGAAGCGAGGCCGACGAGUUGCAUGCCAGCGCCGCAGGCGUGAUCGACCUGGGCUCGGCAGCCACAGACUCGGAUUCUGAUGUCGAGGACCAAGCUGCAGCCGGCGACGGGGACGGCGACGGGGACGGCAAGGCCGAGGACGAGGACGAGGUCGAGGUCGAGGAUGAAGAUGAGAUUGAGGCCGUCACGCCGACGCUUCUCACUUCAGAGCUCCGUGACCACCUGCGUAGUCACGAAGACAUGUACUUUGGUGUCCACGAGGUGGAAGAAGGCGUGUCGCGGCCACGGUUCCCGUACCCGCAGCAUGUUUACUCGGUGUUUGCGCCUGUGGAGAUCGAGAACUUGUGUGCGAGCGGCCUGAGCUACGAACUUGUGGCCCUCGAGUCGAUGUCGGUGCACAGAGGCGAGGUGGGCAAGGGCGAGGUGAGGCAGGUUCUCACGGUCCAUCCGGAGCUCUCUGUGGUGCUCCGCGUCAAGCUGCCUGGCUUUGGGUGGUCGGCCGAAGCGGUGCUGUUUGCAGGAGCAAAGGGCGAGCGCAAGGUACAGCUGCCGGGAUCCAACAAGCGAGUCAAGAUCAAGGAAGCCGACAAUGUGGAGCUCGUGGACGAGAGCGGGCGGCGGCUGGUGCUCAACAUUAUGCGGACUGUGGCAGGCGAGGCAGGUGCGGCGCCGCUGCACGUCACCAUCUAUGCGCCCUUCUGGGUGGUGAACGCGACAGGCCAGCCGCUAGUCGUGGCACAAAAGCAUGGAUACAAAAAGUACUACGAGGCUGCCGGACUGCCUGGGACCGGACUGGCGCCGGAUCCGAGAGCGCCUUUCAUGUUCUCAUACGUCAGGCUUGGCAAGUCGCUGCUGAAGAACCAGAUGGCGGUUGCGGUGGGUGCGUCCAAGUUCUCCAAGGCCUUUGGAGUCUCGAGCGCCGGCUCGGUGUCUGCGGUCAAGAUUGAGCGUGGGGCGCGGGACGACGACGACGACGAGAGCGCGGCCAACGACCCGAACGCUAUCACGAUUGUCAACGAUGACGGUGAGGCCGUUGACGUUGUCCGCGACGUGGCGGAGCCGUUUUACGAGUUUGGCGUCCGGGUUGAUCUCGGGACAGAUCGGUUCCGCGUGGUCAAGAUUGUGACGCUCACGCCGCGGUUCAUGCUUGUGUCGCGGCUGCCGGACGGGAUGGUGGUCGAGGUGCGGCAGGUCGGAAGCGAAGACUGCGGCGAAGUGCCUCUGGCGCUGCAGGCCGGUGCAAGCGCCGCGUGGCACUUUCCGCGCCACGACGCGCCGGACAAGAUCCAACUGCGCUUUGCAGAUGGAAGCGGUCCGGCGGCGGCCAACGGCGAGGCCGGAGACUGGGGCUGGUCGGGCGGAUUUGACAUCGACAACCUUGGCCUGGUUAACGUCAAGGUGGUCGAGGCAAGCUCAGGCAAGGUGUACAUUUUUGCAGUGGAGAUCCGCGUGGAGGGAUCUGUGCUUGGAGUAACCAUUGCGCCGGACGCGGGCGUGCCGCAGUUUUCGAUUCGCAACGAGUCGGGCGAGGCGCUGGCGUUUUUCCAGGCCGAUCUACGCGACCACCUCCAGGUGUUGUAUCCUGGUGGGCGAUGCGGGUACGCGUGGGACGACCUGUCGGCCAAGAAGCGGUUGACGGUCAUGUUCCGUGGCGGGUCGAAGGACUCGGGAGGAGCCACGCGCAAGUACAAGCUGACGGCGCUCAAGACGUUCAAAAAAAUCGAGCUGCGUGGCGGCAUCCAUGGCCCGCCGCGGGUCGUCGAUGUGGAGCUCACGGCCGAGGACGAGGCCGCAGUGGUCAAGCAGGAGCGUGCGGACCUCGGGCUGCGCGUGGAGCUUCCGGGUGUCGGGCUCUCGCUCAUUGAUGAGCGAGCGCCGCGAGAGCUUGUGUUUGCCGCGCUGGUGGGGAUCCGGGUCGAGGUCGAAGACUCGAGCACGUCGCAGACGUUCAAACUCGACGUGGCCAAGGUGCAGGUGGACAACGCACUGCCGACGGCGCAGUACGGGGUGCUACUUGGGCCCAAGGCGUCCAAGCUAGAGGACCGGUCGCAUGUGGCGAUCGACUUUUGGAAGUCGAAGACGAACCCGUCGCUUGAGCACUACAAGUUCCUCAACGUGCUCGUGCAGGAGAUGGUGCUGUGUGUGGAGGAGAAUUUGCUCAUCCAGCUGCUGGACUUUGUGUUUUCGCUGCCGCAGGAGCAGGUUGCCGCGCUGACGCGGAGCUCGUCUGCCGUGAGCGGGCUGCCAGUUCUUGUGCUUCCCGGCGAGAGUAGUGGCGAGGGUGAGAGGCCGAGCGAGGCCGACGCGGUUGUUGUCUCGAAGCAAAUGUACUUUGAGAUGCUCUCGCUCAACUCGAUCAAGGUCAACGUGACGUUCCUGACGUCGAUCGAGGUAGACGCAGUGGACAAGGACUCGCCGCUGCGCGGGUUCCUCAAGGCGAUCGGGGUGGCCGUGGUCAACAUCGACAACGCGCCGCUGCGGCUCAACACGCUGGUGCUCGAGCAUCCGUUUGCGACGCAAGCGGAGCUGACGGACCGAAUUGCGCGGCACUACGUGCUGCAGGGGCUGGAGGAGUCGUACAAGAUCCUGGGAUCGUUUGACUUUCUGGGCAAUCCUGUGGGACUGUUCAACAACCUCUCCGAGGGCCUGCUCGACUUUUUCGUGCUCCCUGCCAAGGGCUUCCGAAAGUCACCCAAGGCGUUUGCCAAGGGUGUGGGCAAAGGCACGUCAUCUCUGGUCAAGAACUCUGUGUAUGGGGUGUUUAACACAGCCACCAAGAUUUCGGGCACUGUAGGCAAGGGCCUCGGCAAGCUCUCGUUUGACGACGACUACAAGCGCGAUCGUGCGGCCAAGGCGCGGCAGCGGCCGCGCCACGCCGGCGAGGGCCUGCUGUUCGGCAUGCGCGACUUGGGCAAGGGCGUGUUUGACGGUGUGACGGGCCUGUUUCUGCAGCCGAUCAAGGGCGCGCGCGAGGGCGGAGCCAAGGGUCUGCUUAAGGGUAUCGGCAAGGGCGUAGUGGGUCUCGUGGUCAAGCCUGUGGCUGGCGCGGUGGACCUCGCGACGCAGACAACCGAGGGCAUCCGCAACACGACGACAUUCUUUGAGAAGGACGAGGAGCGGCUGCGGCCGCCGCGGGUGCUCAACCUCGUGCGGCGGCGGCUAGCGGUGUACGACGAGGCGUCGGCAUGGGCGCAGGAGCUCAUCUUCUCGGUCAAGAAGCGCAAGUACGCCAACGCCGAGGCGUACCUGUGGCACACGCCCCUCGUCGACUCGAGCGGCAAGGCCAAGGACUGGGUCCUGCUUGUCGGGCUCAACCACGUGUUCAAGGCGCGGUACUCUACGUCGAAGACGAUCAACCGCGGCGGGACCAAGGUCGAGUGGUACGCAGCGUGGGACGAGGUGGAGGAUGUGGCGUGGGACGGGGCGCGCGAGAUUGCGUUCACCAUCCGCCCGCGGCUGGCGCAGGGCGUCAAAGCCAAGAAGACCAAAAAGUGCGUGGCGGUAAUGGCCGACGGCGACGCCGCAGCCCGCAAGGUCUUUGCCAUUGUGGGCAAGGUCCGGCGGGAUGCUGGGCUGUAA